CAGAUGCUUGCUCACUGUGGACACGCCGCAACUCGUCAAACAGUCAUACGUCUUCACAACUUUUUCACUGCCUCCAGUCUCCCAGGAACACAUUCAACCACAAACAACAAUGUGAGGAUACUUUGGACAGGAUAGUCAGGAUAAUAGCACCCAUACAGUGUGAGUUACUUCAUAAGCUAUAUGUUUUUUAGGGUUUGGGGUUUUUUUGGGGGGGGGGGAUAUUUGUGAACGGCUGUUUUACCAGAAAAUAGCAGAAAGGAAUUUAUUGCCGAAGAGGUAAGUUCUUCUCAACUUGGUAUGGCAUGCACAAAAACUUAGGAACUACAAAUAUGGACGCUCGGGUCUGUUAUCGAUUAAAUUUAACACAGGGCUGUUUAGAAGAGUAAAGGAGAGAAAAAAGAAAGGUUCAGAGAGAGCAAAACAACAUCAGAAAGAGGAAGGGGGUGGAAGGUCUGCUGCAGGUUAACUCCUCGGUCUUCUCAGCAUCAAGAUGGCCAGCGUUGACAACAACAAGACCAACCAAACCAAUUUCAGUGCCAGCUACUGUCAGUUCAAUGAUGAUUUUAAAUAUAUCCUCCUCCCUGUCAGCUACACCCUGGUGUUUGUGAUUGGCCUAGCGCUGAACGCCACUGCGUUGUAUGUGAUUGUGUUCCGCACCAAGCGCUGGAAGCCCUCGACCAUUUAUAUGUUCAACCUGACAGUGUGUGACACCCUGUACAUCUUCACGCUGCCAUUCCUCAUCUACUACUACGCCGACAAGAACGACUGGCCGUUCAGCGAACCCUUCUGCAAGCUUAUACGCUUCCUGUUUUAUGCCAAUUUAUACGGUUCCAUCCUGUUCCUGUCCUGCAUCAGCCUGCAUCGGUUCGUUGGUAUCUGCUAUCCGGUCCGCUCCCUCAACUGGGUCAGCGCCCGCCAGGCCCGGCUGGUGUCUGUGGCAGUGUGGGCCUGUGUGUUAUUCUGCCAGGCUCCUAUUCUCUACUUUUCAAGAACUAGGGACGUGAACACCGAGCGAAUCUGCCAUGACACCACCAGUCCAGAGCUUUUCGAUGACUUCCUGGUGUACAGCUCAGUCGUAUCAGUGCUCAUGUUCGUCUUACCCUUCAUGGUGGUGAUGGUUUGCUACGGCCUGAUGGUGAGAAAGCUUCUAGAUACUGGCUGGGGGUCUGGAGCAAGAACCGAAGAGGAAAGAGGAGGCUUAACAGCCCAGAGGUCCAAACAGAAGUCAGUAAAGAUGAUCAUCAUCGUGCUGGCAGCGUUCAUGCUGUGUUUCCUCCCUUUCCACCUCACCAGGAGUCUUUACUACUUUUUUAGAUACAUGAGGCAGGUGAAUCCAGCACAGAUCAGCUGCAGCUUGGUGGAAGCCUCCAGUGUGGCCUACAAGAUUACACGACCUUUGGCCAGUGCCAACAGCUGCGUGGACCCCAUCCUUUACUUCCUGGCAGGGCAGGAUGCCCGCAGCAAUCUCACUAAGAAGCGCAAACUGCCGCCACCAAAAGCAAACAGUGGAAUCCAAAACUUGACAGCACAACACUAACACCAUGUGACUGUUUGCCACCUGGGCUUGUGUAACAGUAACAGACUGUUAAAGACUCGCAUGUUUAUCUACCACUCUCUUCCACACUGUGUUUUUUGUCCUGUCUCCCUCCCCUCACCCCCAACUGGUCAGGGCAGAUAGCCGCCCCUCCCAGAGCCUGGCGCUGCUCUGAGGUUUUCUUCCUGUUAAAAGGAAGUUUUUUCUUCCCACUGUUACCAAGUAUUUGCUUAUAGUGGGUCAUUUCAUUGUUGUUGUUGUUUUGUGUGUUUUAAUGUAGAGUUUUUACCUUAAAAUAUAAAGCACUUCAAGGCAACUGUUGUUUUAGUUCAAUAUAAAUAAUAUUCACUUAAGUUGAAUUGAAUUAAACAUGAUUGCAGGAAGGUUAAUGACUCUCAGGACCACCUCCAAAGUGACAGCACCAGUGGGACUUCCCAUUAGUUUUUUUGAACAGAAGAACCUAAAAAGAAGUACUCAAAGCUACUGCCACCUGGAUGGUUCAAAACCUACAUAGACACACAGUAUUGCAUGACAGAUGAGAUCUCUUCAAGAGAGCACUUUUCAAUCUUAAAUUUGCACCAGUCAUUAGUUUAGCAGGUGCAACACUUCUGAGAUGUUAAUUUUACUUCAAGACAGAUAUUUUGUUAUAGAUACUAUUUUUUGUUUUCUUUUUGCUAAGAAUCCUAGUGAGAGCAAAUGAAAGGGAAAAACCUGAAGUUUAGUUUUAUUGUUAAAAUAUUGCAAAUCAGGACAAAGGAGAUUUAUGAUGACUGAAGAUUAGAAAUAAAUGUCUAUAUUGUAUUUGA